AGUCAUACCUCGCAGGUCACCUGGACACAUGUCUCACAUAGGAGCACAUCCCGCGAAGCGUGCCUUUAAGUACAGGUGUUUGUCUACCUGGGCUGGGUCAGAGGGAAAAGGAAAGUCUUGAUCACAGAAGGCUGGGCCCGAGGCAGCAGCACACAGACACAGCUGCACAGGAGGAUGGCUCCGUCACAGGCAAAACCGAAACCUGGAGACCUGAUUGAGAUUUUCCGCUUUGGCUACACGCACUGGGCCCUCUACGUGGGGGAUGGCUACGUGGUGCACCUGACUUCUACAGGUGACAUCACAGGAGCUGCGUUGGCCAAACUCAUGUCCUCUGGGACUGAGAGGGCCAUAGUGAAAAAGCAGCUGCUGUCCGUGGUGGCCGGGAAAGACAAGUACCGUGUCAAUAAUGAGAAUGACGACAAGUACUCACCGCUGCCUCCCAGCGAAAUCGUGCAGCGGGCUGAGGAGCUGGUGGGGCAGGAGAUGCACUACAAGCUGACCAGUGAGAACUGUGAGCACUUUGUGAACGAGCUGCGCUAUGGAGUCCACCGGAGUAACCAGGUCAUCGAAGCGGUCCUGGCAGUUGGCUUGGUGAUAUUCGGCGCAGCAAUCGGCCCGGUAGUCGGCAUACCCGCUGGAGUGGCAGCAGGUGUUGUCGUAACGGCCGUGGCCAUCAGGGGCGUCCUCCGGUACCUGCGGAACAGACCCAAGCACGCAAAGUGAAAUUGAAGAAGGGGUAGGGAAUAGAGGGAAACAUGGAUGGGAGAAAUUCAUCAGUGGCUGCCUCCUGCACGCUUCCUAGUGGGAAUGGAGCCUCCAGGAAUUGAACCAGAGACCCUUUGGUUCAUGGAACAACACUCAAGCCACACCAGCCAGGCCAUUUAGGCUGAAAUCAAUGGAGCUAACAAAGCACAGGAACAUUUAAUUGGGGAAAUACGGCUGGUGUGAAUGCUAUUAAAGACACAGUUGGGCUCUGUC